CUCGAUACCAAAUGUAAGGAACCUAGUUCCAAAACGGCAUGCUCAUUACAGGCAGCAUAUACUGUCCCCUGUGUAACAUCCGCAUCCAUAUGCAGCGUGGAUGUCUCGUACAUCAACUCUGGCAACAUACCUGGAGCUCAUGGUGCUGGAGCUCCUCGAAGCGUAGCGUAGAGCAGAGCGGAGGACUACACCACUUAGCACCCAGCGCUGCCGACCCGUAGGUAGGACCGGACGUAGGCAGCGGAGACCGCAACUCACAGGCACGCGUUACGCACCCGCCCGCAACGCCACACGGUAGGGCACGCGAAAAUGAAUUAGAGGGCUCGCUUAACCCUUGCAAAACGCGAGCGCAGCGAGCGCUCGGACUCGCGACACAAGCGAACUCUAUGAGCGCUGCAGACCUACGCGCGGACUUUUAAACGACACUUAACAAUGAAACUAAUACACGGCAAGCGCACCAGAGAGGAAAUGCGAGCGUAGCAGGCGCGCGAGCGCGGCGCUCGCUCCCCGCGCGUUAAUCAUGAAGUGAUUACCGAGUACAAUACAUGUUAGCGAUUACAUCAAUAUUUAGGAAAUAGCGAGCAGAGAGCGCGACGGGCGCGGUCGUUCGAAGUCAUGAGGUUGUCCAUGUAAUUGACUGCGCCAACUGCACGAAUGUUGCGGCGAUUAGGACGCAGAACAUAUAUGUAUUUACCUUGAAUGGUUGAACUGACGCUACACCAUAGUGCGCGUGGUACCCAUCCAAUUUGGCCAAAGCGUCAUUCAUUCAGUCGCAAUGAAAGGCUAGGUAUAAUGUCGCUGCCCUUUGGCAUUGUAGAUAUCGGCUUAGCGGCGGCAAAACCCGAGGAAACACCGGAGAAUGGGGAGUGCGCUUUCCAUGCUAUCGCAACGUGGAUGUCUCGUACAUCAACUCUGGCAACAUACCUGGAGCUCAUGGUGCUGGAGCUCCUCGAAGCGUAGCGUAGAGCAGAGCGGAGGACUACACCACUUAGCACCCAGCGCUGCCGACCCGUAGGUAGGACCGGACGUAGGCAGCGGAGACCGCAACUCACAGGCACGCGUUACGCACCCGCCCGCAACGCCACACGGUAGGGCACGCGAAAAUGAAUUAGAGGGCUCGCUUAACCCUUGCAAAACGCGAGCGCAGCGAGCG